AAUAUUAUGGCUGCUUAACCUGAGAGCUACUGACGGACAGCUUCAACCUUAUGAGCCAAUUUAACGCCUUUUAUAACACUGUUGUGCACAUGUUCUAGUGCUGGUAGUUUAGCCGUGGCUGGAAGUUUAGCUGCCGAUGGAGCACAUCCGACUGCCAAAGGUGGAGAAUGUCAAGCUGCUUGACAGAAUCUCCCACAGAAGGAGGAGGGUGGGCACCCUGUACCUGACUGCCACACACACCAUCUUUGUGGAGAGCGAGGCCGGAGUGCGCAAUGAAACAUGGGUACUUCACAGUUUGGUGUGCAGUGUGGACAAACUGGCUGCAACUCCUUCAGGAUGUCCUCUGCUUAUUCACUGCAAGAACUUCCAGGUUCUUCAUUUUAUCAUUUCUAAAGAACAGGAAUGCCACGAUAUUCAUCUGUCCCUGCAGCGGCUCUCCCAGCCAGAGAGUUAUGACGAGCUCUACUGCUUCGCCUAUAAGCCAAAUGUUGAUGAGAAGGAGAGACGACAGGAAUGGGACUUCUUGGACCUCAAGGCUGAUUACAGCAGAAUGGGACUCCCAAACUCUCUGUGGAAACUCUCCCCAGUUAACCAACACUACAAGGUAAGUGACACUUACCCUGCUGACCUGUUUGUACCCGAGAGUGCCACACCACCGGUCAUAGUGGGGAGCUCCAAAUUCAGAAGCAGGGGCAGAUUUCCUGCCCUGUCAUACUACUGCAAAGACAAUCAUGCUGCCAUCUGCCGCAGCAGCCAGCCCCUGUCAGGUUUCAGCGCUCGCUGCCUGGAGGAUGAACAGAUGCUUGAGGCCAUCUUGAGGUCCAAUCCCCGCAGUGACUUCAUGUAUGUGGUGGAUACCAGGCCUAAGCUGAAUGCGAUCGCAAACCGAGCUGCAGGAAAAGGGUACGAAAACGAAGACAACUACUCCAACAUCAAAUUCCAGUUCGUUGGGAUCGAGAACAUCCACGUCAUGAGGAACAGCCAGCAGAAAAUGCUGGAAGUGUGUGAGCUGCGUUCCCCCUCCAUGUCUGACUUCCUGGAGGGUCUGGAGAGCUCAGGCUGGAUGAAGCACAUCAAAGCUGUUUUGGAUGCAGGCAUCUUCAUCGCCAAGGCUGUUGCAGAGGAGGGGACCAGCGUCCUUGUUCACUGUUCAGAUGGGUGGGACCGUACUUCUCAGGUGUGUUCAGUGGCCUGUGUGCUGCUGGACCCCUACUACAGGACCCUCAGAGGAUUCAUGGUUCUCAUAGAAAAAGACUGGGUCUCAUUUGGACACAGGUUCUCUCACAGAUGCAAACACUUGGUUGGAGACCCCAAAGAGGUGUCUCCCAUCAUUGAUCAGUUGCUGGAGUGCGUGUGGCAGCUGAUGGAGCAGUUCCCCUGUGCCUUUGAGUUUAACGAGAGGUUUCUAAUUGCUAUACACAAUCACGUCUACUCCUGCCAGUUUGGCAACUUCAUUGGAAACAACCAGAGGGAGAGGAUAGAGCUGAGAGUGCAUGAGAGGACUCAUUCUUUGUGGAGUUAUCUAUGGGCCAACCGUACAGACUACACCAACCCUCUGUACAGGCCAAACCACAGCCAGACUCAAGGGCUCCUCCGUGCAUCAACCUCCCCCUACAGUUUUAAGUUUUGGAAAGGGCUGUACAACCGUUUUGACCAUGGGAUGCAUCCACGGCAAUCCGUAGAGGAUUAUCUACGGGCCAUCCAGGAGGAGACACAGCAGCUGGAAGAGCAGCUCACUUCACACACACAGAAGAUUUCUCAGCUGGAGCAGGAGUGCAGUGAUUCCUGCAAAGCAACCACCUUUGAUAAGAGCCCCACGGUGUGGGCUCCUGGUAACAACCUCAGUCUAGCCAACACUCCUCAGGACUACACCGGCGGCUUCAUCACCGGCAGCCCCUGCCAGCCUAAAGGACCAGACAGCAUCCUCCUGCCAAAGAGCACAAACCAAAUAUCUGACGCCAGCUUCUCCAACGGCAGCGACCAGGAGUCUGGGAUCGCGGACCUGAGCUGCCGUUCACCUCUCAGCGAGGACAGCACCAGGGAUCCGGACUCCGAUGAGGCAGCCUACUCGGCUGCCUGAGGAUUGGGUGGGAGGCGCAACGCCGGCCAGACGUCACCUGAGCAACACUGAACAAACACUACCAUUACGUUGAUCGUGUGACCCGACUAUUGGCCAAUUUCAGUGCGGGUCUUAUUUGGGUUGCACGGUUUGCUUGCACUUUUGUUUGCAUGCAUGGUGGACUUUCCGUGUUCCUGCAUUCCUUCGUGUUCAUAGUUGUUUCCUGUAGCUGACUGUAUUUAACCUUGUCUCAGUUAAAGAGUCCAAAGAAAGCUUACAUUUUUGGACAUUUUAAUCCAUAUUCACCAGAAAAUAGGAGCAAGACUGACUCUCUGCAGUUUACUGUAAUUCUAAUGAUAAGCCAUUUAAGUGCUUCUAUUUGCUUUUGCUUCUGCUCUCCCGUGCGGGUAUUCAGUAGAUAUUUUGCUUUACAAUGUAAACACCUUAACAGUGUAAAAUGACAUGAUGUGUGCUCUGAACAAAGGCCAGUAAUACAUGGUAUUAGUUAACAUUUAAUGCUGAAAGAGUAGCAGUGAUUCAGAUAUGCCCAAAUGUAGCAGCACUUCAACCCCAAAGGACUAUAUUUAUGACUGAAGUGAACUCACUCUGCAGCCCACAGUGACCUCAGCUGGGGCUGGGAGUCAUUACACUGUAAUAACCAGCGGUCAGUGGUUUGUUUUCAGCACCUUGCGGUCCACUCCUCAAUGUUUCAGCAUAUUAUAGGAUUUCACGGGGUUUUACCGCCAAGGGAUGUAAAAGGAAGCUUUUGAAAAGACAAAGUGAUUUAAUAAACGUCUGUGCAGCGUGUUUCGACAUCAGUGCACGACUGAACUACCGGAGCAAGUGAACACACAAACAGGGUGCUGCUUAGGGCAGCAGAUGACCAACAGAGACUCCUUGAGUGUUUGUGUUAUCUCAGCUGUCCAACUGGCAGUAAAGCUGCUUGCUAUAGUAGUGUAGUACCCAUUAUUGUUUUGGUGAACUCCUGCUAAAGAACAGUGCAAAGAUUACCGAGCAAAGCAUGUGAAAAUAUUUUUGUACUAUUACCUAUUUUUGUCUCCUCUGACCUCGCUUUAAAUGCUUGUUUUGUUGUUGUUUUUUCAGUGUCUAAAAUGUCUGAGUCAUACCAAAUUCUGUCCUUGUAUUAAAAAAAAAUACCAGAAAAA